AUGGUGACCACCAAUUUGUUUCACUAUAGAAAGCAUUCAUGGCCGACAGAGGAGUACAUCAAUAGAGCGACCUUGCAAUUGUUUGAUUUUGAUAGUGCUGCGCCUCCUGAACACGCUUGGAGACGUAAAUUGAACAGCCAUGCCAAUUUACUCAAAGAAUUUAGCGUUACCUUUAGGGAAGCAAUCAAGAUGGUACGGCUGGGUAUACGCCUAUGGUCGUAUGUUAGAGAGGAGGCCUCGCAUGGAAGGAAAGCACCAAUAGAUCCCUUCACUAGAGAAAGUUGCAAGCCAUCAGCAUCUCAUGGAGUUCCGCUUGGUGGAAUGGGAAGCGGAAGCAUAUCCAGAGGGUUUAGGGGAGAGUUCAAACAAUGGCAAAUUGUACCUGGUUCAUGUGAGCCUUCACCUGUCAUGGCCAAUCAGUUCUCUAUUUUUGUUUCUCGGGAUGGAGGAAAUAAAAGCUAUGCAUCAGUCUUGGCUCCUGGGCAGCAAGAGGGUAUAGGGAAAGCUGGUGAUCCUGGUAUAUCCUCAUGGGACUGGAACUUAAGUGGCCAGCAUUCAACAUAUCAUGCACUGUUCCCAAGGGCUUGGACAAUAUAUGAUGGUGAACCAGACCCGGAUUUGAAAAUCUCAUGCAGGCAAAUUUCACCAUUUAUACCACAUAAUUAUAGAGAAAGUAGUCUUCCUGCCGCCGUAUUUGUAUACACGUUGGUCAACACUGGCAAAGAAAGAGCAAAAGUUAGCCUGCUCUUCACAUGGGCGAAUUCAAUUGGAGGUGUCUCGCACUUGUCUGGAGAUCACAUUAAUGAACCAUUUGUAGGCGAAGACGGAGUCUCUGGUGUACUUCUACAUCACAAGACAGCAAAGGGAAAUCCUCCUGUUACAUUUGCUGUUGGCGCAUGUGAGACACAGAAUGUAAAUGUGACUGUCCUGCCAUGCUUUGGGUUGUCUGAAGGAAGCUGCGCCACUGCAAAGGAUAUGUGGGCUCAGAUGGUGAAGGAGGGGCAAUUUAAUAGAGAGAAUUUCAAUUGUGGACCGAGCAUGCCUUCAUCAGUUGGAGAGACGCUGUGUGCUGCAGUUUCAGCUUCAACAUGGGUUGAACCUCAUGGGAAAUGCACAGUAGCAUUUUCUCUCGCUUGGUCAUCUCCAAAAGUGAAAUUUAAGAAGGGGAGCUCCUACAACAGGAGAUACACCAAGUUCUAUGGUACUUCUGAAAGAGCGGCACAGAAAUUGGUUCAUGAUGCAUUGACAAACUACAAAAAUUGGGAAGAGGAGAUUGAGAAGUGGCAAAAUCCUAUCCUUCGGGACGAAAGACUACCAGAAUGGUAUAAAUUCACUUUGUUUAAUGAGCUCUACUUUUUGGUGGCUGGUGGGACAGUUUGGAUCGACUCCACCCUGCCAGAACGUAUGGCAAAUGGUCGUCGUCAAAAGCUAACUCAUGAAGAAGGCCCAGAUGCCAGUGUGAUUGAAGCCCAAGUUGGGGCUGAUGGAGAGAAUAUUGAGCAUACCGCAGUUGAUAGCGUUAGUGCUCAUAGUAGUGCUAAUAGCUCAGACGAAAGUGAUGAGUCAUCUCAUGAAGAGAAUGCUUCCCAAGGAGUUCAAGACAAAAGAGAGCCCAACCAUUCGUUACAUCCUCUCGCAGUACCAGACCCGUUUAUCGACAGUGAUGACGUAGGCAGGUUUCUCUACUUGGAAGGAGUUGAAUACAUAAUGUGGUGCACAUAUGAUGUGCAUUUCUAUGCAUCAUUUGCACUCUUGGAACUUUUCCCCAAGAUCGAACUCAGUAUUCAGCGGGAGUUUGCUAAGGCCGUGUUAUGCGAGGAUGGAAGGAAGGUCAAGUUUCUGGCAGAGGGUAAUGUUGGGAUUCGUAAGGUCAGAGGUGCCAUCCCACAUGACCUUGGAACUCAUGAUCCAUGGAAUGAGAUGAACGCCUACAACAUUCACGACACGAGCAAGUGGAAGGAUCUCAACCCGAAGUUUGUGCUUCAGGUUUACAGGGACUUCGCUGCAACAGGGGACAUGGGUUUUGGAGUUGAUGUGUGGCCUGCAGUUCGCACUGCCAUGGAAUACAUGGAACAAUUCGACAGAGAUGAUGAUGGCCUCAUUGAGAAUGAUGGGUUCCCAGAUCAGACCUAUGACACGUGGACCGUCCACGGAGUCAGUGCCUACUGUGGUGGCCUAUGGCUUGCUGCUCUUCAAGCUGCAGCUGCGAUGGCUCUUCAACUAGGCGACAAAUAUUUUGCGGAGCUCUGCAAGAGCAAAUUUGUGAAGGCGAAAGUGGCUUACGAAUCGAAACUGUGGAAUGGUUCGUAUUUCAACUACGACAGCGGGUCUAGUAGCAACAGCAAGUCUAUACAAGCGGAUCAGCUGGCUGGGCAAUGGUACACUGCAUCUUCGGGAUUGCCUCCACUUUUCGACGACCUCAAAAUCAAGAGUUCUCUGCAGAAGGUCUACGAUUUCAAUGUGAUGAGAGUCAAAGGUGGCAAGAUCGGAGCUGUGAAUGGAAUGCAUCCCAAUGGAAAGGUGGACGAGACAUGUAUGCAGUCUCGCGAAGUAUGGACAGGUGUCACGUACGGGGUGGCAGCUACGAUGAUCCUUGCCGGGAUGGAGGACAAGGCCUUCGCCACUGCUGAAGGCAUUUUCACUGCUGGAUGGUCGGAGGAGGGCUACGGGUACUGGUUCCAAACUCCAGAAGGGUGGACCAUGGACGGACACUACCGGUCUCUCGUCUACAUGAGGCCACUUUCGAUCUGGGGAAUGCAGUGGGCACUUUCGCUCCCCAAGGCCAUCCUCGACGCCCCGAAAGUAAAUAUAAUGGAGAGACUGAUGCUGUCUCCUAGCGCGAGAUUCUCGCAGAACGAAAGCGGCGUGAGAAGGAUAGCGACCAAAGCUAAGUGCUUUGGGAACUCCGUCUUCAACUGUGCCUGCUGA